AUGGUUACCCUCAGUCUUCUGGGAGGGGAUGUGAAGACGCUUAAAGAGUGUCCAGGGAUGGCAGAAGAUCAGCAGCAGCAAAUGGGUGUCCCUGUGGUAAAACUGGAGAAAGAGUUGCCGUGGGGCAGGGCGAGGGAAGGCCCCAGCCCGGAGACUUUUCGCCUGAGGUUUCGGCAGUUCCGCUACCAGGAGGCGGCUGGUCCCCAGGAGGCCCUCAGGGAGCUCCAGGAGCUCUGUCGCCAGUGGCUGCGGCCCGAGCUGCACACCAAGGAGCAGAUCCUGGAGCUGCUCGUGCUGGAGCAGUUCCUGACCAUCCUGCCCCGGGAGUUCUACGCCUGGAUUCGGGAGCACAGCCCAGAGAGCGGCAAGGCCCUUGUGGCCGUGAUGGAGGGCUUCACGGAGGGAGCCCUGGAGGCCAAGGCGAUUCCGUGCCAUAUGCAGGGAGAGCAGGAGGAGACAGCACUUUGCAGAGGUCCUUGGGAGCCAAGUGUCCACCUGGGGCCCGUGGAGGUCAAGCCCGAGUGGGGGCUGCCCCAUGGGGAAGGAAUUCAAGGCCUCGACCAAGGCGCUGAGGAGCAGCUCAACCAGGACCCGGGAGAGGGGACGCAGGCCUUCCAGGAGCAGGCUCUGCCAGUUCUUCCGGCUGGUCCUGGCCUCCCUGCAGUGAGCACCAGAGACCAGGAGAUGGCAGUGGGGUUCCUUACAGCUGGAUCCCAGGGGUUGGGCCCAUUUAAAGACAUGGCCCUGGCUUUCCCCGAGGAGGAGUGGAGGCACGUGACCCCAGCCCAGAUAGACUGCCUUGGGGAGUACGUGGAACCCCAGGACUGCGGGGUCUCACCUCCAGGCUUGGGGAGAAAGGAGAAGGAGGCGAAGACCCAGCUGGCAGACCCCAAGGGGCCACUUGCUCGGGGGCUGGCAGAGAGGUUUGGGGAAGCCUCUCUCCAGGUCCCGGAGCUCGGAAGAACCUGUGAGCAGGAGGCCGGGAGCUCGGUGGGAAACGCGCCUGGGCCGCCUCCUCCCCAGCGCGGCAUUGCCCCCCUGCCUGAUGACCUCAAGACCCACAGCUCCUUCUGGAAGCCUUUCCAGUGCCCCGAGUGCGGAAAAGGCUUCAGUCGGAGCUCAAAUCUGGUCAGACACCAGCGGACCCACGAAGAAGACAAGUCCUACGGCUGCGGGGAGUGCGGGAAAGGCUUCGCACUGCGUGAGUACCUCCUGAAGCACCAGCGGACCCACCUGGGCAGGCGGCCGUAUGCGUGCGGCGAGUGCUGGAAGACCUUCAGCCAGCGGCACCACCUGGAGGUCCACCAGAGGAGCCACACGGGCGAGAAACCCUUCCAGUGCGGGGACUGCUGGAAGAGCUUCAGCCGCCGGCAGCACCUGCAGGUGCACCGGCGGACGCACACCGGGGAGAAGCCCUACACCUGUGAGUGCGGCAAGCGCUUCAGCAGGAAUGCCAACCUGGCCGUGCACCGGCGGGCCCACACCGGGGAGAAGCCCUACGGCUGCCAGGUGUGCGGGAAGCGGUUCAGCAAGGGGGAGCGGCUGGUCAGGCACCAGAGGAUCCACACUGGGGAGAAGCCCUAUUGCUGCCCUGCCUGUGGCCGGAGCUUUAACCAGCGGUCCAUCCUCAACCGGCACCAGAAAACGCAGCAUCGCCAGGAGACCCCAGGGCAGUGAGGGUGCCCGGCCGAAAUGCCCCUCUUUUGCUCACAGCAGGUGCCGGAGAAGGCGGGGCCUUCUGGAACCACCAGGCGGAGGGAGACCUCGUUGGAGGAUGCGCCCCCCUUUACUCACUGAAGGGUUGGGGGCGUCGAGGGACGUUGGGGGCCGAGAGGCGCUUUCCCCCAUUUUCUUUCCACUCGUUUCACACAUAGGGGAAGGGAGAGGCCUGGUUUAUUUGAGAGGCCAGAGGGCACAGCAUCUCACGUCUCCUACCCAAGUGGUGCUCGUACUUUCUCUUACCCUUUUUGAGGAAGCAGUAUCUGGACUUUCAGUUCAGGUCCCGGUUUUUCUCCUUCAGUGGAUGUUCACGUCCACCUCCUGAGCAAGUCUGGUUGUCAAGGUGAAAUCUUGUCCCGCGUCGGCAGCUUGAGCCUCGUUUUUCUGAGGGCUGCGUCCCAGCAAGAACAUGAGCUCUGUCUCCCUGCCUUCCCCCAGUUCUCUUUUCCGUUUAACAGAUAUUUAUUUGUUAAAUGACACCUACUGUGCGCCUGGUGCUGGGAGUGCAGUGAACGAGACAGAUGAGACCUCAUUCCCCUGGAGCUUGUGACUGGGCCCUGGAAGCAGACUCGUUAAUAACACAGAGCGCCCUCAGUUCCCUUCACAGCGAGGGCUGAGCGAGAGGAAGUCCUCUCAGGCUCACUCUGCGCUCCUUCUGCCCUGCCCCUCCAGGAGCCUGAUCUUUUCCUCCCAGCUGGGGUCGCUCAGGCAGCCUCCUUUAUUUUAUUUUAUUUGCAGCCCCCUUUGUCUCUGUGACAGUCUACUCUCGUUGGUAGUUUCCUCAUUCCAUUCCUUGAACAAUAACAACUGUCCACACAUCUGUUAGGAAAUUAAUAUUUUGCUGUUGAUCACUGUAUAAACAUGAGAGUAUUUUAAAAAACAUCCAGGUCUGUAUAAAAUUCUAAUUAAGUGAGGCCAAAAGAUGAACUAGUAUUAAUAGCCUGUAUCUGAUGGCACUUUACAAUAUAUAUAAUGCACUGCUUCCCUGUUUUCUCACUUGACUCGUUCCACAAAUAUUUAUUGAGGCCCAACAGUGUGCCAGGAACUCUUCUAGGUGCUUGAGGUACAUCAGUGAAUAAAAUAGGUGGGGUGUGGAGGUGGGGUGGGAAAUCCCUGCCCUCGUGGAGCUUAUGUGUUGGUCAAUGUAUUUGAUCUUCAGAACCACCCAAAGUGGAACCCGUGGCUGCUCUCCGGGACCCUCUGGACCUGGCAUCUGAGCCUGUGCCUCAGUCCUGUCAGCUGGCCCUGAAAUGCAUUCACCACCACCUACCUCUUGUUCCUGAGUCAUCUCCGUUCUCAGUGCAUCUUGGUCCUUGUCAUCUGAGAGGUACUUGGGGUCCUCAGGGCCACCUGGAGAUGAUGAGAUGGUAGCAGUCUGUUUUGCAUGAGUGCCAAUUUAGGAAAAACAAAGAUGUUUGUAGGCAUCAAAACACAUUUUUUAAAAAAUGAGAAGAUGCAGUGUUUGUAAACAUGUUUAAGCUUUCUUAUAUUAUUUUGCCAUCGUUAAAGGUUUUCCUUUCUCUUGGACAUUCUGGAAACUGCCUAACUAGCCUGGACCGUGCUGCAGUGUCGUAAUGCUGUGCCUUUGGACGCCGGCUGCUGAGUGAUUAGUGUUCUGACGGGACUGUAAGUUAGUCUGUCUUUGGACUGUGUCCUGUAACUGCAAGAUGUGAUCUGUCUCAUGGUGCCCCUUGAUAUUAUAUUCUUUCACUGGGAUUUUCCCCCCCAUUUUCCAUUGUAAAUAAGGUAAAUGGUAGUGACUUUAAUACAGAGAGUUGCAUUA